AUGGCAUCUUCUUCGUCAGAUGGGAGUUAUGAAAGUAUUGGCCUUGUUAAACCAGAAGUAUAUGUUUAUGUCAUUCCACCACGCCAAUCAACAACACGUAAACAUCGUGCAGCCGAUUGGAAACUAGAUCAACCAAAUUUUAUUUGUCGUUUAAAAAUUAUCUCAAAAGGUGAUCAAUGUCUCAUUCGUUUAGAAGAUCGAAAUACAGGUCAACAUUUUGCCACAUGUCCAGUUGAAUCUUAUCCAUCGAUAGCUGUUGAAAAUGUCGAAGAUUCUACAAGAUAUUUUGUUAUUCGUGUUCAAAAUGAUAAUGGUCAACAAGCAUUCCUUGGCAUGGGUUUUAAUGAUCGCAGUGAUUCAUUUGAUUUUAAUGUUGCAUUACAAGAUCAUUUUAAAUAUUUAAAACAAGCAAAACAAAUUGAACAAGAACAAAAACAUCCUGAAACUAUUGUUGAUCAACAUCCAAAAUUAGAUUUGAGUUUUAAAGAAGGGCAAACAAUAAAAAUUAAUUUGAAAAGUGGUGCAACGGGCAAUGAAGCAGAACGUAAACCAGGAGUCGUAAAAAAAAAUGUAACAAGUGGUAAAGAUAACAAUAUUGCUUUGCUACCACCACCACCUGGUUAUACAAUUCCAAAACUCACACCACCACCCAAAGCACAAGUUUUAAUUAAUCCACAGGAAACGAUUCAACAGCAAUCAUCGCAAGAGGUUACUCCUCCCUCAAACACAAAUAACAAUUCGAAUAUUCAUUCAGAUCUAAGUUGGAUGCAGUUUUAA